AUGAUGUAUAAGACGCCGGUGAAGACCCCAUUGGGCAAGGCCUGCCGAGAGAGGAGGGCGGCUAUGGAGGAGGAGAUGAUGUCACCGCCGCUCAUGAUGCACAAGUCCGGCAGGAGGACCCCCAUGAAGACGCCCAAGGCCAAGACGCCGCAGGGCGACCGCUUCAUCCCCAGCCGCCGCGAACUGGAUCUCGACGUCGCGCACUUCAACCUGAUGCGUGAUUCUGCCAAGGAGAAUGCAUUCAACAGCCACCUCGACAUCGUCUCCCCUACCAAGGAGGAGUACAAGAAGCAACUGGCGGGAUCGCUUCUUCAAGUGGACCAGAACAAAGAGCACUGCAAGAUCCUGGCGUUCAAGAACAAGGCGCCGGCGCCCCCGGAAGGGUUUGAGAACCCGAUGCGCGUGCUCUACUCCCAGAAUGCGGCAGGGGCGCGGCCGGCCAAGAAGGCCUUCCGGCACAUCCCCUCGGCCCCCGACCGCAUCCUGGACGCCCCCGAGCUCCUCGACGACUACUACCUGAACCUGCUGGACUGGUCUGCACGUAACACCGUUGCGGUUGCCCUCGGGAGCACCGUGUACUUAUGGGACGCUGGCAGCGGCUCCAUCCAGCAGCUUAUGGACGUCGGGGGAGAGGAUACGGACGAUCAGAGUGACUAUAUCACAAGCGUGGCGUGGGCGGGGGAUGGGAAGCAUCUCGCGGUGGGGCUCGGGAGCAGCGAGGUGCAGCUGUGGGACUGCGAGGCGAUCCGGCAGGUCCGCUCCCUGCGCGGCCACUCUGCGCGCGUGGGCGCCCUCUCGUGGUCCGGCCCCACUCUCAGCUCGGGCGGCCGCGACAGCCUCAUCCUCAACCAUGACGUCAGGCUGCGCGAGCACGUCACGGCAUGCAUGACCGGGGCGCACGAGCAGGAGAUCUGCGGCCUCAAGUGGUCCCCCUCGGGCGCCCAACUCGCGAGCGGCGGCAACGACAACUUGCUGCACGUGUGGGACGCGGCGCAGUCCGCGGCGCCGCUGCACCGGAUGAAUCAGCACCAGGCCGCCGUCAAGGCCCUCGCGUGGUGCCCCUUCCAGGCCAACCUGCUCGCAUCGGGGGGGGGGACAGCGGACCGGUGCAUUAAGUUCUGGAACACAAACACAGGGGCCUGCCUCAACAGCAUCGACACGCACAGCCAGGUGUGCGCGCUGCAGUGGUCCCCCACUGAGCGCGAGCUGCUGUCGAGCCACGGGUUCAGCCAGAACCAGCUGUGCCUCUGGAAAUACCCCUCCAUGGCCAAGGUCGCAGAGCUCACCGGCCACACUGCGCGCGUCCUCCACCUCGCGCUCUCGCCCGACGGCACCACCGUCGCCUCCGCAGCCGCGGACGAGACCCUCCGCUUCUGGAAGGUCUUCGCGUCCAGCGAGGCGACCAAUCCCAAGGCCAAAGCCGCAGCCAAGGCCCAGGACUCCCGUUCCGGCCUGCGCAGCAUCAAUAUCCGGUGA